AUGAUUUUCCUGUGCGAGGAGCAUUUUGACUUUGAGAUGCGCCAAGGCGACUUUAAAAACGUUGAGCAAACGCUCACGCAUGAAAUGAUCCACUGGAUUGACUCGAUUGAUGGGAAAGACUUGACCAACACAGAGGCGCUAUUCAAGUCGGAACUUCGAGCUGCGACGCUUUCUGGUCAAUGUCUAGACGGCUAUUCUGGGGAGAAUGAACUUUUCAAGAAAAUAUUCAAUCAUAGUCAGGGAUUUAAUUUUUCUGGCAGUAAUUGA